AUGGAAUCCUACUUCCAAUACAAGCGGAUUCAGCACGCUGUCAGGGAACAAUUAUCCAGCGAGAAAUAUGUCGACAGUGCUACAAAUGUGCCUGGUUCUAACGACAGCUCGCAGUUGAGCAAUCCUCAACUCCCAUCGUUAAACAAAGAGUCGUCAGCAGCUGCAACGCAAGAAAUCACCACUGAUUCAGUGAUCAUUGUGGGCUGGGAUGGAAAAGAUGAUCCCCUGAAUCCUGCAAACUACAGCGUCUCGCGCAAACUAUUUAUGACUCUUUUGGUGUCCGGAAUUGCGUUUGCAGUUACAGCGGCUUCAGCAAUCGACGCCUGUGGUGUCAAGCAGUACAGUGACUACUUCAAUGUUUCAGAAGUUGUCGGAUCCCUCGCGACAGGCCUCUUCCUUGUCGGCUUUGGAGUCGGCUCGCUACUUUCAGGCCCGUUCUCAGAGACCUUUGGGAGAAACGCAGUAUACUUGAUCACGAUGCUCGUUUUCUUGAUUUUCAUCAUGGCGUCUGCUCUCGCCCCGAACCUCCACAGCCACCUUAUCUUCCGCUUUUUCGCCGGCUUCUUCGGUUCCACGCCUCUCAGCUGCGCUGGUGGGACGGUUGCCGAUUUGUGGAAUCCAGUACAAAAGGCAUACGCAUUCCCCGUCUAUGCCAUUCCAGCAUUCAUUGGUCCUAUGGUUGGACAGAUUAUCGGCAGCUACGUGCCCACCACCUUAGGAUGGCGUUGGCUCGAAUGGCUCAUGCUGAUCAUGGGAGGCGCGAUUCUCAUCCUGGUUGUUCUCAUGCAACCGGAGACGUAUGGAAAUCUUCUACUACAUUGGAAAGCUUCGGUUCUGAGGAAAGAAACUGGUGAUCUAAGAUACAAAGCACCUAUGGAAUUGAGGAGUGAGACCCUUGGCCGCCGCCUCUUAACGGCCAUUUAUAGACCCUUCUUGUGGAGUUAUACUGAGUUGAUUAUCAUCUUGAUGUCUGUCUACCUCACUGUGGUGUACAUUGUUCUUUUCACUUUCUUGGAAGGAUACACCUACGUCUUUGGCGAGACCUACGGGUUAUCGUUAGGGCUGACUAACGUCGCCUGGGCGGGCAUGCUUGUGGGUAUUGUUUUGACUGGCUGCACUGUUCCGCUGGUGUACUCCUGGACCGCGAAGGAGUAUCAAAAGACAGGGCGUAUUCUUCCCGAGACGCGUCUUUGGUAUGCAAUGCUCGGUGGUGCACCUGCAGUGCCUAUCAGUUUAUUUUGGAUGGGCUGGACCAGCUACUCUUCAAUUUCGAUAUGGUCUCCUCUUAUUGCCUCUGUUUUGUUUGGCUAUGGAAUCAUGUCGAUUUUCAUUGUGGCGUAUAUGUACAUCAUCGAUGCCUAUGAUGUGUACUCUGCUUCCGCUUUGGGUUUCCUUGUGUUCACCAGAUAUGUUGUGGCUGGCGGUGUGACGGUUGCAGGAGGUCCAAUCUAUGAAUCAAUUGGCGCCCACUAUACAUUGACCAUACUGGGAUCUAUCAGUGCGGUGAUGGCGGUCAUCCCGUACUUGCUCUAUAUUUAUGGUCCUCAGAUUCGGAAGCACAGCAAGCAUGCGGUAAAUUUGGACUGA